CGAUUCAGAUCCUCAGCCCUCGGCUCUGCACAGAGAUCCUGUAGAUGGAGAGAAAACCUCCCAGUAUGUGUGUCUGCACGUCAGCCGCCUUGAUGAGCCAAUGGGCUGCUGCUGCUGCUGAGUGUGCUGCAGCUGAACAAUGGAUCACAGCGUUCUGUCUGAACAGCAGCAAAGGUGCAGAGAAGCGGUCGAGGACAGAAACCCUGCGGACACUGAAGCUUCAGGACUGGACAGCUCUGGAACCUGGUCCAUUCAGCAGCAGUACUGAGGAGAUUCUAUUCCAGGCAACACUGCUGCUGCUUGUGUGUUUGUAGUUGAAAGAUGACAGGAAACCUGUCCCUGGGGGCUUCCACACCUGCACAGAAUGGCUCUGUCUCAGUCCGCACUGCUUCACCCUCUCCUCCACUCUGGGAGGCUCCAUCCUUCACUGUGGCGGCCAAGUGUCGUGUAGCAGCUAUCCUGGUGCUGUUUGUGUUUGCCGCUGUCAGUAAUUUGUCAGUCUUGAUCAGUGUUUGCUGGGGGAGAGGUUAUCGCUUGGCAAAACACCUGCGCCCACUCAUUGUCAGCUUGUCAUCAGCGGAUCUACUGAUGACUUUUGUGGUGAUGCCACUCGACGCCAUCUGGAACAUCACAGUGCAGUGGUAUGCUGGAGAUAUCAUGUGUAAGUUGCUGUGUUUCCUCAAGCUCUUUGCCAUGCACUCAGCAGCGUUCAUACUGGUGGUGGUGAGUCUGGACCGCUACUGGGCCAUCCUUCAUCCUCUGGACUCUCUUGAUGCUGGGCUCAGGAACAGACGCAUGCUGCUGGUGGCCUGGACUCUGAGUCUGCUGCUGGCAUCUCCACAGCUAUUCAUCUUUCGGGCAGUUAAAGCAGAUGGAGUGGAUUUCACUCAGUGUGUGACUCAUGGAAGCUUCCAGCAUCACUGGCAGGAGACAGCAUACAACAUGUUUCACUUUGUGACUCUGUAUGUCUUCCCCUUGCUUGUCAUGACUUUCUGCUACACCCGCAUCCUCACCAAGAUUAAUGCGAAGACGCACAAGAGCAAAGAUGGUGAACAGUAUCUGCGACGCAGUGGAGCAGACAUGAUACCCAAAGCCCGGAUGAAGACGCUCAAGAUGACCAUUGUGAUUGUGAGCUCCUUUGUCAUCUGUUGGACACCCUACUACUUACUGGGGAUCUGGUACUGGUUCCAGCCAGACAUUAUCCAGCACACACCUGAGUAUGUGCACCAUAUACUGUUUGUCUUUGGCAACCUGAACACAUGCUGUGAUCCGGUCAUCUACGGCUUCUACACACUGUCUUUUCGAGCCGACCUUGCCGAUGUGGUGAACUGCUGCUGCAGUCAUCGAUCCAACAACGAGUCGCCUCGUUCUGUGGAUCGCCUGCAUGGUAGAAGUGCUAGGGCAGAUGGAGAAAUGGAGUCUGAACAAAGCUCAAACCACCACAGUGGGAAUCCUCCUUAGACAGUAGUGAUCUGACUCUUAGGGAUUGAGAAUGAGGAUCUAAACAUCAGUACACAUUCCUUACAUUUAUUGCACUCUGAGUUACUGUCUACCUUGCAUGCUUUAUAAAGCAGAGUUUAAAUAUGUUACUUUGACAUGGACACUAUGUAGUCUAUUGCUGGAUAUUAAACUUUGUUCUUUUAAAGCUAGACCGGGCAUGUGCUGACAUCAGCUCUGACAUAACAGACAUGUAAAUGGAUAUCAGUCUCUAUUUCUUCUUCUUUACUAACUAGAUAAUUGGUGUUGUCUUGUCCAAGAAAAAAAUCUGUUAAGGGUAUUUUUGGGCACACCGUAAAAUAUCACCCUGAAACAGAAUCAGGUUGCUGUUUUCCCAACUUGGUGUAAGUAUAAAUUUAAUAAUAAAGCUAAAAUAUCUGAUCUGUAUCUUCAGAUCACUGUGGAGCUUCUAAAAACCAGUUGUUCUAACUUUUGAUCUUUUGACCUUAAAUACAUGAACUGUUGUAAUUUCACUAAACUCACUAAACUAAACCUGCAAAGAAACAAAAGUUAUUGUACUAGUAGAAUUCCCAGCAAAUGUUGCUGGUAAGUUAAAACUGAUUAGCACUGAAUUGUGUCCUUUACACUUAUUACUUUCCAUAUCAUUGGAAGUCAAACUUACAUGUUGUUUUUCUGCUGACUUCUGCUGAUAUAAACUAGCUUCACAAUCAGCAGCUAUGUACAGAUGUACUUUCAAUUAUGAAACUAUUUUUUGGUUUGUUUAAUCUGUGAUCCUAAGAGAUCCAUGAUACACAUUCUGACAUAUUACAGAGGCAGUUGGAGCCGUGAUAUGCCGAUGUAGGCAAAUGAGUUGUCUGGAUUGUUUUUUUUUUUUUAAAUUUUGGAUAUGUAGCUGGACUUAAUCUAAAAAGCCCCCCCAAAAUAAAGAGAAAUCACAGAAAAAAGCAGAAAAAGUAUUGAAUGUUUAAACGGAUUAUACAGAAUGAGAUGGGGAAAAAAUGGUUUCAAUGAAAUCUGGAGUUAUAGUGAUAAAAAAGAACAAUAUAACUGCUACAUUCUUAAGCACAACAUAGGUGGUUUUAUUUGCUUUUUGAAAAUUCUCAGCUACAUUUUUCUGUAUAUCAAUCACAAUACAAUCUUGGGCAAAAGAAAACUUUUAAACAGUAACAUGCAACUGCAACUUAUAUUAUUAUUCAUUUGUAACGAUAUAUUGAACGUGGCUAUGCUUAAAAUUAGUAAUAAUUUAAAGAAGUUAUCAAGCUGAAUGUUAAUAGGUCUUUCCAAGGUAUCAUUAAAAGUCUACUGGACAAUAUUUCAUGACAGCAGUGACAGAGUUUAUUUUUGCUUUAGGCUAUAGGUUGAUUACUAGCUAGACUUUGUUGUGUUUCUUGUCUGGUAUUGUGCAGCCUAGUACUCAGGUCUAUCUGAAUCUGUUGAAACAUGUGAGGUGCUUUCCACAGCACUCAGGAUUUUAGACUUGGUCAUCUCAUCUGACUAUUGUUGUCUCAUUUAAUGACAAAGGGAAGGUAGCUUGUGUAAUGGGUUCUAUGUAUAACACUCAUCAUGCUUUCAGUGAUGACAGUCUGGUCUAACCCAGAUAUAGUAUAAGCUAAUUUUAAAGCAAAGGGAUGUAUGAUGUAUGAAAGAAAUGUAUUUCUAUAUGUCUACGUUGUAUAUACAGUAUAUAUUACAUGACUGUAAAUUAGUGAAUAUUAUGGUGUAGCUGGAUGCUGGAACUGUGGACUUAAAACAUUCUCAUAACCAAUAAGUCAAACAAGCAGUAAGUGAAAAAGUGCAUCAACUAAAUAUUUAUCAAAAUAAACAUUUUUCCAGCCGUGCCACUUACCUCUGACUUUAGGAGUCAAAACCGAUGUGAAUCAUUGACAAAAGUAUUUUACAAGUACAUUACUUGGACAACGCCUCAGUCUAUUCUACUGACUGGACUAAUCUCAUGAAAGCUAAAACAAAUAUACAGAAGGCAGAGAAACAUAAAAUCAGUUAAAUCUCUUUAUUUGGUUUUAGGCAUGUUGAAAUAUGACGAAGAAGAGGAAACGGCUGAGUGCGGUCCACACGGACAUUCAGAUGAAACAGUCUGUACUCACACAGAGACCAAGCUGUUAAAGAGGAGGUUUGAAAAUGUUGCCAUCCCAGUUAGCAGAAACUUUUACUUUUUCUCAGAAACAUUCCUCAGUUUAAACUAAGGAAACUAAAUAUAUUAACUGCAUUCCCCUAAAUUUAAAAAGUAAAAUUUUACAUCAAAUUUUUGUGCUCAAAAGGUGUUUUUGCUCUGAGUCUAUAACAGUGUACACUGAAUUUUACUCUGUAAUUUUGUGCUGGACUUUUACAGUUUCUAUAGCAAAUAGCCAAUGCUGUACAUUGACAACACAACAGGAGCCAUCAGGCCGAAAUAAAUAAAUAAAUAACAUUGAAGAGUUGGAUCAAAUAAAUCAACAAAUGCAUAUUUUCUCCUCCUGGUGGUAUCUACACCUUCUGGGCAAAUUAGCCAAAAGUAGGAAGUAAAUCUACACAGCUGGGUUUUUAAAAAAAUACUGCUGAAUAAGGGAAACUAGUUUUGGUGAACAUAGUGACCACUCUGGCUACAAGCUGUAAUUACAAAAAAUACAGCAAGCCGUCAUAACAGGAGUAAAAACAGAAAUCAUACAGGCACAAUAAUAAAACUGGGCAUUGUAAUGAGCUGUUAAAUAAAACACAAACUAGUUUUUAUUUGUAUUUUUCUGUGAUCUGUGUGAACUGGCACCAUUAAAUUUGUCUUUGUGCAAAUGUUCUACACUGUUACAUGAAAUAAAUGCACUACUGUAUGUAAA